UUCGGUCCAAACGAGGCGGACGCAAUGAUUCGGCUUAAAAUGGUGGAAAAUGGGCAAUUCAAGCCGGCAAUUGUUGUGCAUUUUGUCGACUGUGAGCCGGCCGGUUGUGGGUUCGAGGCCCGUCGAGGCGAGGCUCUCUCCGGCAGACGGCCAAUUCCACUCUCUUCUCACUUCACUUCACUUCACUUCACUUCACUUCGCCCUCACACUCGCACUCGCCUCUCCUCCCUUCUCAAGUCACCAGUCCUGCCAACCUCUAGCCCCCUGCACCGGCUAAUCCGCCGUUUCCCCGGCGCUCUGCUAAAAGGUUCACUCAACUGCUUCGUCCAGAAGAGGCAUGAAACAGGCUGUUUUCGCAAUCUGGACAGUGCGUAA